AUGGGACAUGUUUCGAAGUCGAGCUUGCAACAGCGGCCGGCCGAGCCACCACCGCCGUAUCAAGAGACUGUCUCCCAGACAGUGUCAGCACAAUCACAACAGCAAACCACGAACACGAUGCCUUCCGCGAGAAUGUCCGCAGCAACCGGUCGAGGCCGACGUCUGUCAAAAACCAUCGCCAUUCCCGCAACGACCAAAAAGCUCGGAUCUCCCUUUCUGCGUGCCUAUCCACCAUCUCUCGAAGCAUACUCCAUCUCACAAGCCGACUUCGUCAAGUUCGUAGACACGCUCAAUCGCGUGGCAGUCAAGUCGCCGCCGCUCGAGGCGAUCGGGCUCGCAGGCUCCGUACUGCAAUUCGUUCCGGUGCACAGCAUCAACCUCAUUGGCAUGGGUGUCGACUUGGGGUCCAAGAUAGUGGGCAGAGCUCUCAGCAAGGGCCGGACGGAGCUGUUUCUGAGAAAGGUCAAUCGGGAGAUGUUUGCUCCGCGAGGGUUGAAGGUCGAGAUCGCUCAGCUUGAUGGGCUGGCGAAGAUUGCUGGCAUUCCGGUGCUUGAUGAGGAGGGGAAGGUUGUGAAGAAGGCGACGCUUCUGGAACCGCUUGGCGAGUCGGGCGAUGAUGUUGGUGAUGGUGCAGCGCGACUUGAUGUGCAGCAGCGGCGGCUGAAGACGUUGGAGGAGUAUAUUGCUCCACUCCAGACGGAAGGGCUGCCGCAGAUUGAAGACAGAUCAAAUCCUUUGAGCCAGUGGAGUGUCAAGAGCAGCGAACGGCAGCGUCAACGCGGCGAGAAGCGUAUGUUGAAGGGUCGUGAUAAGGCGGAUGCCAAAUUGGAGAAGAAGACUGCAAAGGCUGAGCGAAAGCGAGAGAAGAGGCUAGAUAAGGUUGAGUCGAAACUCCCCACCGUCGAUGCAUCGGACUCGACCACGUUAGAGAGUUUGAGUAGCCUUGAAGAACGUGUGAGGGCCCAUGGCGAUGCGAAGGCCGAACGAAAGCUUGAAAAGGCCGAGAGGAAGUACCGAAGAAGGAUUGACAAAGCCAGCGAGAAGUCGCUGCACAACAAGCGCGAGGAGAAGUCUUUGAGGAAGAUUCUGUGGAUAAUCAUUCGAGACGUGGAUGCUGAUAGUGGAGAUGGAGAGAAUCCAGAUGUUGGCUCGGACUUCACUCUCGAGGACGGCAGCGACGAUAGUAGCGAAGUUGCAAGCUCGUCGGAGGAUGAGUUAGAGAGAUCGAAGAUCGAAAAGGCUUGA